GUGAUGUCACCUCACUCCUGUACGGGCAUCCAUUCCACCCACACUCUCUCUCCAAAGCGCACACGCAGCUUUACGCACGGAGGUGUGUUGCAGAAAAGCGACUAUACUCGUGGAGCACUGGAUUGUAAACUCUGUUGUGACAUUUUCCACACUCCCAUUUGUGCAUAUGGACAAUCUGAAGCAGUCAUGACGACGGUAUGUCUAUUUAAGGAGAUAUAUUUAUACAGGUACUGUGUCUUAUGUGGGCUUGACUCACUUAAGCAUUGCGCACAACGCGCCUCCACGCGUUAGUGGAACCAAGCUCAGUGCACCCAGUCUUUGUUGCUUGAGGAAAGCACAGGGUGCAAAACAACCAACAUGAUACGAAAUAUCAAAGUGGAGCCGGAAUGGAUUUAAUACAGUUCAAUCUGUCGGUGGAAAACGUCUCCAGCGAUGAGAACAACACGGACGCGCCGUAUGCCUUGCCACACACGGUUACAGCCACUGCGCUCAUCAUUGUGGUUGUUUCUGUGAUCAUCCUGGUGACUAUUGUGGGUAACGUGUUGGUGAUUGUGGCCGUCCUAACUAGCCGGGCUCUCCGUCCGCCACAGAACCUCUUCCUGGUCUCCCUGGCAUCCGCGGACAUCCUGGUGGCAACGCUAGUCAUCCCAUUCUCCCUUGCCAAUGAGGUCAUGGGAUACUGGUUAUUUGGGAGUACUUGGUGCGCCUUUUAUCUGGCCUUGGACGUCUUGUUUUGCACCUCAUCCAUAGUGCACCUGUGCGCCAUCAGCCUGGACCGCUACUGGUCUGUUACGAAAGCAGUCAGCUACAAUCUGAAGCGGACACCUAAGCGCAUCAAGUCUAUGAUCGCCAUAGUGUGGGUAAUAUCUGCUGUCAUCUCCUUCCCUCCUCUCCUAAUGACCAAACAUGACGAGCGUGAGUGUCUGUUGAACGACGAGACCUGGUACAUCCUCUCCUCCUGUGUGGUGUCCUUCUUCGCUCCGGGUCUCAUCAUGAUUCUUGUUUACUGUAAGAUCUAUAAAGUGGCCAAGCAGCGCUCUUCCACCGUGUUCGUGGCUAAAAACGGACUGGAAAGGCAGCCGUCUCAGUCAGAGACCUGCUUCGUCCGGAAACAGGACCGCUUCGAGAUGGAGAGCCCCAGCAGCCAGAGCUCCGGCAGCAACCAGCCCAGGCAAGGCGAGUUGGACGACAUCGACCUGGAGGAGAGCUGCUGCGCGUCGGAUACCAAACCGCGCAAUCAUCGCUUCACUAAGAGAAGAAAGGUCGAGGGCUCGGACUGCUGCCCUCCCCAGAACUGCCGCCUCUCCUGGGCUUCAGCUCGGGCAUUACAGCUCUACCCGGAGCAGAAGACCCAGGCUCGUAGGCAACAGCUGGCAGCAGCCAACAAAACUAAAGUGGCCCAGAUGCGCGAGAAACGUUUCACUUUUGUGCUGGCUGUAGUGAUGGGGGUGUUUGUGCUCUGCUGGUUCCCUUUUUUCUUCACUUACAGCCUGCAUGCUAUCUGCAGAGACAGCUGCUACAUCCCUGGCGCACUUUUCAAUCUCUUCUUUUGGAUUGGUUACUGCAACAGCUCCGUGAACCCCAUCAUAUACACUAUUUUCAACAGGGAUUUUAGGAAAGCAUUUAAGAAAAUCAUAUGCAGGACUUCAAAACGCACAUAAACACAGAAAGGGACUAGUAUUCUGUUUGGCCUCAUUUAUUGUACAGAGAUGAGAAGGAAGGAAUUCUUUUAUUUGACUCUUUUUACACACAUGACAUCAUUUUAAUGUAACUACUGUGAGUGUUGUGUAUAAGUACAUGAAAAGUCUAUGAAUAAAAUUUAAAGUUAGGCAGAACUAAAGGCAAAUUUCACUGCUUUAAAUCUGCAAACAUGAUUGAAUUUGUGAAUGCAUUAAAGUUGAGUUAUAAUAUAUAGGUCAGUGCAUAAUGCACCCUGCAGACCUGCUCUUCUGAACAAGAGAUCUCUGUAUCAGAGCAAUCUUUUAUUCUGCAGCGAGCAGAAGAAAAAGAGUCUUCAGAGUAAAACUGAAUGUAGCUGGAUUCCCGUGGUGGAGGCUGCUUCAAAGUGGGUGUUUGUGUUGGGAUAUAAAGAAGAUUGAUCUGCUCCAUCUAUAAGAUAUGAGCAGAGGGAGAAAAAAAGCAAUCAAAGCUUGUGAGUGAGUGUGUGUGUCACAGAUGAAGAUUAAAUUAAUUCCUGGAAUGACUUAAAGAAGGUUUAUCACCAUGUGCAGCAUGGCUGAAAUAUUUGGCCUUAUUACAGGUAUAAUUCAGAUUUAUCUUUUCAGUUACAGCCACAGCCAGGCCUUCUUCUUAUCACUGAACCCCCAAACUUACGUAAGAGUUUAAUCUCACAGCCCGACCAAAACAUCACACCAGCUUGCAGGAGAACAAUGGCCAAGCUAAAAGCUGAGUGUGCUAAAUCUGCUGGAUAAAUCUGUGUUUUUCAUUUCGACACCUUCGGUAAAUAUUUAAACCUUGUGACAUCAUAAUCCUGCUAUAUAACCUGGAUUCAGUGUCAUAUGGGACAGAGAUCAUUUGGGGGUUAUUGCCCGGCAGUAUGACUUUCACACUGAGUUGAAUCUUUUCAGAUAAAUCGUGAGAACAAGCCUUGACAAACUGUGAGAAUCCUGAGCGUGCAAGAAAAGAGUGCUCACAUGUGACACAGAAAUAAAAUAGUCCUGCCUCCUCGCUCUUAUAAAUAACAUCACUGGACACGGCUUUACCGGGAAAAGCUGAACUUCCACUGGCUUCAAAUCUUCAUGAUUCAUUCAAAGAUCUUUAUAUAAACUAACCAGGCUCAGGCUGUAAUCCUAAAGCAGUGAAAAUGUCUUGGAAUUAUGGUUUCAACAAUAUAAGAUGUUAUGAGAUUUAAAGGAUAUAUGUGAGCUCUGCUUUUUCCAUACAGUCUCAGAAUGUGGUCAGACCAUAAUGCAUUGUGGGACAUAAAGUGUAUGUGAAACGUCAAAAAUAUAUGAUGAAGCCCUAUGUUUCUCUGGGAAAACUGGGGUUAGGGAGAAGACGGCUGGCCAGCUCCGUAUCAGCUUAUUGUCUGCAUGGGGGUGCACUAUUUAUAUCCUCUUAGGAAUGUCUUCAAAGCACUCCUACAGCUCACUGGCGCCUCGCCAAAGAUAAUCAUCCUGUUUGAAGGGUGUCGUGCUAAAAAGAAUUCUAAAAAAGUUGGAUGAAGUGUUUUUCUGUCCAUAUUGAUGAGACUGUUGUUAAAAUAUCAUCAAGGGAAAGAAGAGUGAAGGUGGAGGCAUGCCUUUCCUUUCUCACUUGAUGUGCCGUAACAUUUUAUUCAUGAACACAAUUAGACAGAAGUAGAGCUGGAGUGAGGAGAGAAACUUUCUCUCAAAGGGAUUCACAAACUCUUGAAACAAAUGAAAUGUCUGGGCCGUGUCGCGUUCAGAAGAGGUGGUAAAAUGAGCUCCAUCUUUAUCUUGAGGACUUACUGGGGUGGAAGUGAUGUUAAUUGGGCUGUGUGUAACGUAAUGGGAUGUUGUGUGUUACAUGUAACUUAAUUUCUCCUGAGAGCAUGGCCAUCACUCUUAAUGUCUGUCGCAUUGUCUGAUGUGCCAAUAUUUACAUGAACACUCGUGUAAUUUUCCUCCCAAUAGUAGACUGAUUACUAUCCAACAAGAUACGCCGGUCCCUUGUUAAAUCUCGCUUCCCAAUUCAAUUAUCUUUUUAAUCAACUGCUCUACAUGCAGCCACAGCAGAGCAGCAUGCAUUUAGUUAGCUGUUCACUUUUCUUCAGCUAUGUGAUGUCUUUUACUUUAGUGCAGAGCUUUGUUACUGUAUUGAAGAUUUUGAUUGGUUUAUAUGAAGCUGUCAUUGUAGCUUUCAAAUUAAAAGAACAUUUUAUCAUAAAUUACUGCUGAGGCCUAUGGAGGUUUUAAGUCAGUGCAGCCCUUAAUUUUUGUCUUCCAGGUUUCACAGGUGCCAUUUCUGUGGGUGCUUCAGGGUCUGAGCACCAACAGAGAGCACUCAUGAGUACCAGCAUGUCACUGCACUAACAAACUCUCCCCCACCAUUUUAACCUUUCAGUCUGUGGCACCUAAAAACAUACCCAUGUUGCUUUACUAAAUUAGUAACUUGAAUUUAAUCGCGGACCAUUCAUAAAGCAACACUUUCCUCAUCAAGGAGUGACAGCGAUGGUUAGUGGCAGACUCAGGAUGUUUGAGGGGCAGGGGCAGAAAUAAUAAAAGGGCACCUGCAGUAUGCUGUGGGGCAUCAAAAAAGUGAUCAAGCCUUUACAGUGGAAUAGUUAGAUUCCUUUUUUAAGGCAGGAGAAUGUCUUCUACUGAAUAUAUUUGAUGGAGCCAA